AGAUUUGAUUUUGAUAAUACUUCUGUAAAUGUCCUUGAAAAUUCAAAAAAUCGUCUUGAGCAAAUAAAUGGAAAGGUUAUUUUAAAAAGAAAACGAAUUUCAAAAGAACUUCUGACAAAUGGUAAUAGCACCAAAAAAACCCCAUUUUCACAACAAAAAUUAAAAGAUAAUUAUAAUAGUGAUAUAUCAAAAAAUAAGGAAAAAGAAAAAAUAUCAGUAUUACAAGCUUUCCCAUGUUUUCAUCAACAAAAGUUGACUCCUGAAGAAAUUUCAUCUUCAAAAAUGUUGGGAAUACCAGAUUGGUUGGCAAAUCCUACCAUUAUUAAUUCGUCUUCAGUCUAUUCAAUUGAUGACAAUAAUUCAUUAGGCUUAUCAGAAAGAUUAAUAAAUCAUUGUAAAUCAUUAGGGAUCACGGAAUUUUUUGCAGUACAAGCAUCAGUUAUUCCACUAUUAUUGAGAAAUAAAAAUUUAUAUGAUUUACAUAAAUCAUUUGGUGAUAUAUGUGUUUCUGCUCCAACUGGAACCUUAAUAGUUUUACCAACAAAAGAUUUAGCUAUGCAAGUAAAAGAAACAUUUGAAGCAUUUUGUAAGAAUACAAAUUUAAAGAUUGGUGUAAUAACAGGCCAGCAUUCAUUUGCUCAUGAACAAGAACAAAUUGUUGGAAAUUCCAAAGAAAUCUUAAUAGGAGGUAACAGCAAAGUCGAUAUUUUGAUUGCAACCCCAGGAAGAUUAAUUGAACAUAUUAUGAAUUCAUCAAAUUUCACAUUACAACAUUUAAGAUUUUUGGUUAUUGAUGAAGCUGACCGUUUACUUAAUCAAAGUUAUAAUAAUUGGUUAACUUUUGUUCUUAAAUCAAAAAAUAAUUUGAAAAACUUAAAUAUUAACAAAGUAAAUGAGGUUGACAAAAUAAAAGAAUUAAAUGAUUCUGUCUCAAUGUCAAUCUUUGAAGAUGUGUUUUCAAUUCCCAAAUCCACUAUUACAGAAAAAAAAACAUCUCCGAUGCAAAAACUUUUAUUUUCUGCAACACUUACACGAAAUCCAGAAAAGAUAGCAAAUUUACACUUGAUAAAUCCAAAAUAUAUUUCAAUAAUGUCAAUUGAAGAAAAUGAAGCUGGACUGAAUAAAUAUUCUUUACCAAAAAAUUUAAAUGAAUAUAUGAUAAUCACAUUUUCAUCACUUAAACCUCUAAUAGUUAUACAUUUGAUAAACAAUCAAAAAAUAUCUUCAGCUCUUUGUUUUACUAAAUCUGUUGAUUCAGCUCAUAGACUCAAUAAAUUAAUUGAAUUAUUUCAGGAAAUUUAUUUAAAUGAAAAUAAUAAGAAAAUUAGUUCUAAUAUCAUUUCAAAAGAAUAUUCAAGUGACUUAUCACAAGAUGAAAGGAAAAAAUUACUAAAAAAAUUUAAAAAUGGAGAAAUUAAAAUACUUAUAUGUUCAGAUUUAAUUUCUCGUGGUAUUGAUAUAGAUUGUGUUGAUACAGUUAUUAAUUAUGAUGUUCCUAUUUAUAUGAAAAAAUAUAUACAUCGUGUUGGUAGAACAGCUCGUGCAGGAAGACAAGGUGAUGCUUAUAGUCUGGUGGAAACACAUGAGGAAAUGCUUAAAAGAUCAGGACAUUUAAAAAAUGUUAAGAAAUUUGAUAUUAAAUCAACUGCUUUGGAUCCUAUGAUGACAGCUUAUCAGAAGGCUUUAGAUUUGUUCAAAGAGUAUAUGUCAAGUUAUAAAUUAUCU